AUGUUCAUAAUUAUUAUAUUUACAAGUUUAAUAUAAUAAAAAAAAUAAACGUCACCAAAGUGAUAUUUUUUUGUGAUAUUUACAAAAGAAAACCAGUGAAUAAGUUUACAAAAAUUUUGUAAUAUACUUUCCAUAAUAUGUGUUUCUUUGUAUUUUAUUAUUUUUACAAAUAUUUCUCCUUCGAUUUAUUUAAUACAGUUUUUUAAAACGAUAAGCAUUUUUCUUUUUGAAUAUGAUCAUUGUGAUAAAAGUUAUUAUCAAUAGAAUUAUUUUAUAAAAUAUUAUUAUAGUUUAACAACAACAACAAAAAUAGUAUUUCACAUAUAUUUCUUGUCAUUCUCAUUGAAAAUAUAAAAAGGUAUAAGUUUCAAUAAAAGUCAAUGACAUGGUAUCGUGCGACGAAACGAAACUUGAACUUGUGCCAGUUAAAGGUAAAGGAGGCGGAAAGGAAGAAUCAGUUGUUUUUGUUGAACAAUUUGUCAAAGAAGUGCGUGAUUUUAGUUCACAAUAUGGAAGCAAUAUUAGUAUAUCAUAUACAGCUUACAAUAUUGCCGGUAAUCCAAGUAAAUUUCCAGAUUAUGGAGAUUUUCCUCAAGCUUUUGUUAUGAGAACCUACGGACAAUGGUGGGACGAAGCGCCAUCAAAAUUGACUGAUUAUAUGCCACAAAACAACGAAUCACCAGUUAGUCAUGAUUAUAUAGAUGUUGAAUAUUAUCAAGAAGUAUAUCCGAUUAGAAUUUCUGUAUAUGAGACCUAUAAUCCAGGAAGUGUUGUUAGAAUCUGGGCUCGAGAUGGUAGCGGACAAUGGUUUCAAUUGUGGAGUGGACCUCCACAAGUUGUACCACCAAAGCCCCGUAUAUUCUCACCGCCAUUGCAGCUAUGUAAUUUCAAAACAAAGAUGCUGAGAUUGGAAUUCAAUCAUAGCCUCUUGGAUUAUUAUACUGAACUCGAUGCUGUACUAUUGAUUGGUACAACUGAAUUAAUUCUUCCACAUGUUGGCUUUCAAAAUCGUAGUCUCAGUAUUCUAUUACGUGAAUUGGGUGGCACUGGCUCUAAUAAAGAAGAUUGUCUUAAUCUAACGCCUGAUUAUUUAAAAGCCAAUCACGAUUUAAAGGCACUCAAAAAUAGUUUACACAAACAUUGUGUUCUUUACAAGAGCAAAGUUACCGAUAAACUUCCUAAAGGAAAAUUAGCAGCUAAACUUGGAUUACAUUGUCAUUAUGUUCCACCAAUAGAAGAAGCCUUCAAUAGUUUACAACAUUUUUUACAAGAAGAAUUUCCAAAGUUAAUAAGAGAAAUAAAUCGCUCUUCUAUAAAUUCUAUUGCAGCUGACAGUGAUUUUGCACCUUGUUCAAGUAACGUUGAUCACAAGACUUGUGGCAGCUUUUCUGUUCUUCCCGAUGAAACUGUAUUGAAGAUAUUGAAAAACUUGGAUCUUCGAUCUCUUGUUCAAUGUUGUAAAGUGAACAAACACUUUAACAAUAUUGCAAGAGAUGCUUUACUUUACACUAGUCUGAAUUUGAAACCUUAUUGGUAUUGUAUAGACGCAAUUGCAUUACAAAAUCUAGCGCCUAGAUGUCAGUAUUUACAACGAUUGGACCUUUCCUGGUGUGGAAAUUACGAUGCCAUUAGUAGUCAAGAUUUAGUUGAUUUUCUACAAAACUGCGGUAAUCUUAUAACUCACCUUCGUCUCAAUUGCUGUCGAUUUGUGAAUGAUUUUGUCGUACGUGAAAUAGCACGAAUCUGCAAAAAUCUCAAAGAAUUGUGCCUGAGAAAUUGUACUGAAAUUACUAACAAUGGAUUCGCGGAACUUGGAAGUUUGCAAGCACUUGAAAGACUGGAAUUAUAUAGAACUAAUAUUGAGACAAAUAAUUUGUGUACAAUUCUACGUAAAAAUCCAAAUAUUCGUCAUUUGAAUUUAGCAGGAAUGCACGAUCGUUUAAAUAUGGAUAAAGUAGCAAUUGAAAUAGCCAAUUCAUGUAUAAAUUUGGAAAGUAUUGAUUUUUGGAAGGCACAAACUCUCACACCACAAGGAGUUCGAGCUUUAACACGUUGCGUUCAUCUUCGUGAAGUGGAUUUUGGUUGGUGCAGUGGAAUGGGAGUAGCAGGCGACUCAUUGAGAGCUUUCUUUACAUCAUGUCGACAACUUGAAAAAGUCUUUUUAACAGCACUAAGAGGUCUCACUGAUCGCGAUAUUGAACCUUUACUUUUAUGUCAACAACUUCAACAAUUGGAUGUUAUGGCUGCACGUUCCCUGAGUCAUGAUAUAUUUUUACGAUUUCUUCUCUGUUGUCCUGAAUUAAAAAUGAUGGACCUCAGUUUUUGUGAUGGAAUUAGUGACGUUAAAGUUCAAGAAUGGCGUCAACUUUAUCCCCAUGUUUCGAUUAAAAAAAGUUUUCAAGCAAGAUUCUAUUUCUCGUGAAAAAAUUCUAGAUAUCUUAGUUUUUUAUUAUAAAACAACAAAUUUACAAAAUCAUACAAAGUCUGAAUAUAAUGUAGGACACUAAAAAGAACAAAGACUCACAAAAAAAAAAAAUUAUUAUAUGUAGUUGUUUUUAAAUAUUAUUUCGAGUUUUUCUCGCUAAAUUGUAUUAAUUUCAUUCCAAAAGAAUUUGUACAUUGCAUGUUGUUCAAAAAAUCAAAUUGUUUUUAUUUCCUUGGAUUUAAAAAAAAAAAAUUAAUUUAUGUACUAUAAUUUAUUUACAAAAUUGUGUUAAAAAAUAAUUUGAUAAAAUCAACUGUUGUACACUAGCUUUAAUUGUAAUUGUCGUGAAGCAAAUUUUUUACAUUUAUAUGGAUAUAUAUAAAAAAAAAAAAUAAGGAAAAUUUGUAUGUAUAUUAAAGAAUGAUUUGCGUGAUAAAAAAAUGGUGUUAAUUA